UUGUUUUUCUCUGAUUCCAUUGUCGGAUACAAGAGCGUUACAAUUAGUUUAUGUGUACAUGUCAGAGACAUGUCUGGUGCAGGAAUUAAGUUUGACGAGAAACUACAGAAAGAACGGGAAAACUUUAUACAAUUGCUUUUUACCGUUCAAGGCCCGUGUACAUUUUGCUUAGAAAAAACUUUGUUCAAGUACGUCAUAGAUUUGGGUACAACACUGGAUAUAUUUUUGCAUUCAAAAAGACAAGAAAUUCUUCUUUGGAGAAUCGGACAACAGAGAAAGAACGAGUUUUUCCCUCAAAAUGGAUCCGGCACGGAUUUGGAGACAUGGGAUGUACAGAUGUACUGGCUGAUAUUAACCAAUAUUUUACAAAAUGUGACGCCGACACAAAAACAUGACAUAGAAAAUGUGAAAGACAUUCGAAACAAACUAUGUCACCUGCCUAAUCCAAAGCUGAACGAGGGUGAUUUCAAUCUUUAUCACCGACAAAUUACGACAUUUAUCGACGAAACAGUUAAAUUGAUCUCAGAUGAAGCUUUCGAAACAAAAGUCAAAUGUGGUCUCAAAGAAAUAGAAACUCCACUUCAGCAAACAGUUUUUAACUUAGUUAAAACUGUUCAUCGGUUUUAUCAGGGACAAACAACACUCCUGGAAGAAGUACAUGCAACUGUAAACCAUGUCAGCGCAAACCAGUUUCCAGAAAUGAAGAACAUGGUUCUGGAGAUCAAGGAACUCAUUUUCAGCCAUUUCUCUCGUAAUGAGUUAAAGCAGAUGAAGGCACCAGAGGAGUCCUCAGUUACGAUGAAAAUUAAAAACGUAUCUGUAAACGAAGAAGAAGAUCUGUCAAUUGGUCUGGUUAAUCUUGUCAUGGAAGAGAUAAAUUCUCCAAUGCAAAAUGAGUUGUCUAAAGCGUUGCAAAGAGCCUUAACAAAGUUCAAGCAAUAUGGCACCUUGACAAAGGUUCAUCGUGGCAGCGUCGUGUUCUACAUACAGUUCGAUUCAUUUUUAUCGUUCAUUGAUUGCUACGACGAUGUGCUUGCCGGCAAACUGACAACAGAAUUAAAACCGUUGGAAAAGGAGUUGCAGUCACUUCUUCAAAGACAAAGUCUGGAACUUGAAUUGAUCAUUAAUACCAAUGAUGUUCAACUCUUUCUCAUACAUUCCUUGCAAUUGUUAAAGCAGUUAGAUGCUGGUUUAGACGUGGACCAAGAGCCAACCUCCGACAAAGAAAUAGAGGGGAUGUGUCACGACUUAUCUACGGAACAGAUGCGCACAAGGCCCGUUAUUUUAGAGAGUCGCGAACCAGACUAUCGAGAUUCAAAACAACGCAAACACAUGCCAAAAGUUUUUACAGCAAGCACGCUAGUCUUACCAAGGGAGAGGCAGAGCAACGUUGGAAACGAUACAGACGCGCAAAGUGCAUUCCCUGCAAUGGUUCUAACAGAAGAGGAGCAGCUAAUGUUUCGAGAAGACGAGUUGUGUCCUUAUGUUACAACGCUCAUCGAUGAGACAAACAGAAAAGGAGAAGAAAUUGAGACUCGUAAUAUGGAAAUGAUACAGCUUUUGGAGCGGGUUCGAGGUCAAAUAGAAGUACUACUAAUAGCCAGAGGUGUUGUCGCUCAAAGGAGACCAGACUUCUUGAAUUACCGACAAGCGUCAGCAGUUUGCCCAUCGGAAGACGAGCAGCAAAUGUCUCAAGUCGAACGACCUUCCAUUCAUAAUUCAGCAGUUAUACCCGAGGCUAAGGGAACAAAUGAGAAAGAUGUGUUAUAUUUGAAACAUAAAAACUCAACACUAGAGGAAAAAAUGUCAGAUUUGAACGAUGAAAACUUACAAGCGUCAGCAGUUUGCCCAUCGGAAGACGAGCAGCAAAUGUCUCAAGUCGAACGACCUUCCAUUCAUAAUUCAGCAGUUAUACCCGAGGCUAAGGGAACAAAUGAGAAAGAUGUGUUAUAUUUGAAACAUAAAAACUCAACACUAGAGGAAAAAAUGUCAGAUUUGAACCAUGAAAACUUACAAAGGGAAGCCACUCAAAGGUUGAAAUUCAGGAUAAUGGUAUGUUUGCUGAUUUGCAUUGCAAACAUUGCGUUCGUAGUUUUCCUUUCGUUUAAAACAACUCAACUAUCAACAGAAGGUCAAGAUACAAAAAGUCCAUAAAAACAUAUGCUAAGUCUAAAAAUAGCGAAAUGGAUUCUAUCUGAAUGGGUAUGGACCAGCAGAUACCGAGAUAAAGACAGUGGAAUAAUCUAUCACAAAGAACAAGAAAAACAAACUGUUAGUCACCCCACAUAGACCCCACAGGCAUAUGAAGUAGAGAAAUACACGUAAAUCACCACACACGGACGACACACGCAUCAAAAUUAUCGAUGAAAUAACCAUAUGGAAUGCUGAGUAAAAUGCAAGUUUGCUGUGGAUUUCAAGUGUUGACAUUGUUGUUUGGAUUGUAAAAUACCGUGUAUCUUUUUUGAACAAAUCUCGUUUUGUAUACCUGAACAUGUAUGAAGGAUUGUAUUUGUAUGCUUGCUUUAAGUGAAUUGUAGGAUAUCCGUUGUGCUUAUAAGAAUUUCAUUGUGUCAAACCACUGGCUGUAACGUGACGUUAUAAAAACCUAGUGAUCCCAAAUAAUUGUGGAAGUACUUAAAAGGGUCUGAGUAGGUGUUUAUCAACAUGUAAACACAAAUGACCAACAAAUCAUUAAAGAUAGAGUUAUGGCAGAUGAUAUUUUGGUUAUGUUUUUUAAAACUCAAAUCUGAAAUAAAAUUACCAAUUGUGCAGUAGUUCGAAGUGAAAAGAAAAGGUUUACUCUAUUUAUGUAUAAUAUAAUAAAAACGUUUUUUCUUCGCACUAAACCCUUUCAUAUUAUUCCAAUAUAUUAUUGGGUCAUCAGUCAUAAUGUUUUUCCAUUAGCGUUCUAUUGAUAGUUUAAAGCGACGUUAAACUCGGUUUUGUGUUUGUGCCUUCCACUUUGUUAAAGCUUGUGGAUUGAGCCUUCGACUCUUCGACUUUGUUUAACUUCGUGGUUUGAGCCUUCGACUUUGUUAAAGCUUGUGGUUUGAGCUUUAUACCUAAUAUUGGAUGUUACGCAUGUUCGCCUUAUUUUAGUAUGCCGUUUCACUAUACAAUACACAUCAACUCCUUUAUAAGUCACCUCAAUUUGCUGUUCAGUAACCAUUUCUUUAAACGGAGUAUUUUAAUGUUUAUUUAUCUACUUUUAUCUGCAUGGUGACAUAGAUUCAUUGAACUAAAGUAUGAUUUAUCCUAUGACAGUAAAGCAUAUAUUAUUCGAGAUGUGUUUAGAAUGUUAUAAGAAUUGUAUUCAUUCUAUAAAUAGUUGUUUUAGAAUAGAAAAUUUAGGUAUAGAUAAUGUUUUAUGUAAUUUUCGAUUUUGUAUAUAUGGGCAAACUUCUUUUAUCUGGAUUCUUUUGUAAAUUUCAAGUUUCUUAAAAAAAAAGAUCCUUAUCACAGAUUGAGCAUUAAAUUGAAUUAUUAAAGUCUUGGAUCUUACAACGUUAUUAUGUAAGACAAAUUAAUACAGUUCAAGCUUGCUUGAAAUAAUGCUGACUGUCUUAUGUAUGUGAAAUUUCUUUUGUUAACUGUUAGUGAAUACAUGUUGUUGUUUU